CUUAUGUUUGUAGAUACACGUAUAUAUGUGACGUACAUACACAUUGGUGCGUAAGUAGCAUACGUAUUCAUACGUUCGCUGUGAACAAGUGAGAUAGUGUGGUUGUACCGGACGAAGUAGUGAACCAUCUUGCACCAAAAGUUUACAGCACGAUCAAAUAUUUGACAUUUGUAAAAUGUCCAACACAUUUCUUUAUUUCGCUUACGGAAGUAAUUUGCUUGCUAAAAGAAUACGACUAAACAACUCAACCGCAGUAAUGAGAGACAUUGGUUAUAUAAAGAAUUUUAGAUUGGAUUUUCAAAGAUAUUCUAAACGAUGGCAUGGAGCAUCAGCAACAAUUGUAGAAACAAAUGACUCGAUCGUGUGGGGCGUGAUUUGGGAAUUAGACAAAAGUAAUUUGUCUACCUUAGAUCAACAAGAAGGUGUUCAAAAUAAUAUAUAUCAUGCAUUGUCCGUGGAUGUUGAAACUCCUAAUGGUACAAUUCUGAAUUGUAGAGUGUACCAACAAUGUCAUAAUCCAACAGAAUACAUAAAACCAGUAGACCUUCCAAUGGAUAGAAAACCUUCACCAUUGUAUCUGAUGAUGAUAAAAGGAGCCCAAGAAAACAAUCUUCCUGAUGAUUAUCUCAAAUUCUUAAAAUCUAUCUCAGAUAAUGGAUACAAAGGAAAAUAUGAUAUCAGCCUUUCUCUAAUUGAAGACUAGAUUCCACGAUUUUCUUAUUGUGCGAGUGUUUCUGAUAAUAUGGAUCAAGCAUCACAUGCUCUAAUGCCGUUUCUGAUGUCAUUUCGUCCAACGUGUGUCGUGGAAGCUUCAGUUUUAAGAACUGACGUUUGUUUAUCUAAAUAUAUAUGGAAAUAAAAAAUAG